UUAAAUUCAUUCCGUUUUACUUUACUUAUAAUUAGUACAAAUUUACAGGAAGGAAAUGAUUCUUGGGGGAAACUGUGGACCUGUGAAAUAAAACAUCAUCAUCAGCUGUGGAGAUGAAAUCCGAGCAGGUGCGCGGUGUCUCAUGGGACUUUAUUUUGAAACGUCCCCUCAGUGGACUGUCUGUUGUGAGCUGGUUGGCCUGACAACGGAGGAGGAGGGAGGAGCUUGUCCACUUAGGAGACCAAUGACAGCACAGGUAGCAACAGGUGAGCAGAGAACACACACCUCACACACACACACACACACACACGGAAACACAGCGUGUAGGAAGAGGCGGCUGCGGAGCUGAGAGGCUCCUGGGACUGACUGCCUGCAGAUCCUGUCUGACAUGACGGGCAACUAGAGAAGCGAGGACCAUUUCACCGCCUCGGAGGACAAACUACAGCACAGCCGCUUUGUUUGGAUUAUUACCGACAUAAUUGCCGAAAACAGAUUAAAUAUCGCUCUGAUAAGGACUCAGAGAGUGUGUGUGGUGAGUUAGUGUGACUUUACAGCUUUAAUAUAUUUGCUGGAGGUGUGAAGUGUCGCAGCAGCCCUGCAGGUUCCUGUUUGUGCUGUAUUUACAUGGAGUUUUGACCUGGUGGUAGAUUAUUGAUCUGCUGCCCUGUGGAGUCUUCCUCCUCCUCCUCAUCUUCCUCCUUAUGUGCAGUAAUGGUUCUCCAGUCGGAAAUAGUUUUGUCUGAUUAGUGUCAUUCCACACCACAGCCCACAGGAGGAUUGUUCCGCUGUAAUACGCAGGUUAAUCCCUGAGCUGCUGCUGACUGCACAGGCACCAUGAUCAACUCGGAGGGCCUGCGGCCGGCCACGUCCGGCAGGAAGCCCCUGGGCAAGCUCGCCUCCCGGCUGGAGGAGGUGAAGAACCCGUGGCGGCAUGUCUCCACGCUGGAGCUGAGCCACAACGAGGCGGCCCGGCUGGCGACGGACGCGCUGCUGGAGCACGGGGAGAAGGAGUACCGCAAGGUCCUGACCGAGGAGCGGGAGCUCAACUUUCUGUCCCCGCUGGAGAUCCGCUACAUCACCCAGCAUGCGGCCAAAACAUGCGGCUCCGAGAGCAACGGCAUCGGCCCCAACGACCGGGACUUCGGGGACGGAGACGCCGUGUCCGAGCUCACCUCCGGGACUUACUUCCCCAUGAUGUCCGACGAGGAGCCGCCGAUGCUGGAGCUCGGCUGGCCGGACACCCCGUCCAGGUACGGACCGUCGGAGACGCAGAUCUACUUCCAGAGGGACAAGUCUCAUAACGUCAAAGACCUCAUCAGGUCCCUCAUCAACAAAGCCAAAAAGGUGAUCGCGCUGGUGAUGGACGUGUUUACAGACGUGGACCUGCUGUGUGAUCUCAUGGAGGCGUCCAACAAGCGCAGAGUCCCCGUCUACAUCCUGCUGGACGAGAAAAACCUCGACUACUUCACAGACAUGUGUGCUGCACUCGACAUUCAGAAUUCACACAUGAGUAACAUGCGAGUCCGCAGAAUGUGUGGGGACACGUACUGCACCAAGAGCGGCAAGAAAUUCACCGGCCAGGUCCUGGAGAAGUUUAUGAUCAUUGACUGUGAAGAGGUCAUCGCCGGGUCAUACAGUUUCACCUGGCUGUCGGCUCAGGUGCACAGCAACAUGGUGAUGCAUUUCUCAGGUCGCAUCACCGACAGCUUCGACCGGGAGUUCCGCUGUCUGUACGCCGACUCGCAGAUCAUCGAAUGCUUCUACAACCCAGAGGAGGAGGGGAUGCCCUACUACCCGUCAUAUCAAGCCAUGAUGGGCCCCGGCAUGGGCAUGGUGCCUGGGCCGGUCAUGGGGCUGGAUUUACUCUCUGACAGCAGGCAGAGGGACAGGGUGUGCUCUGAAAACUCCAGCAGCCAAUCAAGUAACAGCGUGUCCAGUGUGAAGGCUGCUCCCGGGAUGACUGCUAACCCGGUCUACAAGGUCACUCAAGGUCACGACAAGAAGGAGCCCAGCAACAACCCUCACCUCAGCCCAGAGAGGAGAGGUGGAAGUGCAGACCGAGGCGGAGGACAAACCCCGACUCCUCAGACUCACGUCACACCGGGUGCACGGGUCUCUGCUAAUGGAGGAACCAAUCACACCUCAGCUAUGGACCGACCACCGCCACCUUACGGUCACCAAAUAGGCAUCGAGUGGAACAAGCCCAGUCAGACAGACGUCAUGCGGUCAAAUAUUGGCGGCACCUCCUCCAAGUUCCAGGCUUUGGGGCUGUACGACCACAAACCAGGCAUGUUCCACGGCGCCGGGCUCGUCCCCGGCACCCCGAACUCAAACCUUAACCCCAAGACCCAGACACCCACCCCGAUCAAUGACAGCAAACUCACCCCCAAGCAGAGGACUUCUUCCAACCAGUUCCUCAACAAACUCUCAGACCUCUUCCUGCCCCCCUCCAACAAAGAGACCUACAACUUCCGGAGGUCGCCCUCCCCUCACGGCACCUCGGCCUGGGGGGGACCGGACCUCUCUCAAAGUGAGCCGGAGAGCCAGCAGAGCCCACCGCCCCCACCCUCGCCGGGCGUGUUGAUGAGUCGGCAGGACCAGAAACGAAUGACGCUGGGCCACAGCAAGCUGGACCUGGUGAACCAAUACAACAAGAUGAAAUCCAAGCAGGUGUACAGCCGCUUUGAGCUCAAGACCACCAACUAAACUGAGUUCAGACUGAUUUCAUUAUUUAACUCUCUUCCAAACCCUUCAUUCCUCCUGUGUCUCUUAUUACAUACUCACACCUAGGGAUGUCAACGGUGAACUGUUAAUUUGUUAACCACAAGAAUAUUUGUGACCGGCUAUUCACGUCCAGCUCGUUCUCAUUCUGAAGUCAUCAAAUAACACUGCUUUGUCAGUGAUUUCAGCAACAGACACCGACGCCAAAAGCCACCUUUUGCGGUGUUAUGAUACGCUGCUGGUUGGCAGGACGGCACCUGUUGCAGUGGUAUGAUGCCGCUGGACGGCAUCACUUUGAAACGCUGCCGGUGACAUAAUGUAAGGAGCAGGAGAGGCCCUAUAGGGCAGGUGGCAGGGGUGCUGGAUGGGUCCAACAUACCCCAGACUUUAAUUUUACUCCCCAGGAGUUUGGUGUUCUCUUCCCGUAUGAAUGCAGAGCCAAAACAUGAACCUAACCAUUUGCUUUUGUUGGCAGUCCAGGACGCCGCAACCAACGCCUGAACGUCAGCAGCAGAUGCAGGAGGAUACCUCAUUCUUAAUCUGUAGACAUGAAAAGCGACGCUAUAUGACAACUUUGGAUGAGAACGUGUUCGCAUGUCGGUCUGUAGGUUAAUUUUGCUACUCUUCAGUUUGCUGCACUGCGCACCAACCAGAUCUAAUGGGAGAUAGUGAGGCCGCCAGUUGUGUUCAUAUGCAGAAACAUCGUGCAGACUGUCUCCAGAUAGUUAGCCUUGGCUGCUCUGCACUGUGAACCAAUUGGGUUGGGUUGGGAGCUAGCUAGCAGUACCAGCCAUUUGGCAAUUACCUCGUGUAUUGCUGUCCCAGUCCAGCAGCAUUGCUGUGGAGACAUUGUGCUCACUCUUCGGUCUCCCCCCAGGUCGAAGAAGUUUUGGGGCUCAAAAUGAAGCCACUUACUUACUGGUGUGACCAAAGAGGAGACCGGAGGGUGGGCACAAUAUUUCCACAGCAACAUCUUCCCACCAUCAGGACGGCUUUACCAGAGGUUAUCCCCACUAGCUAGCGUCCAUGCAACCCUGCUGGUUUGCAGUGCAGAGCAGCCAAAAUAAUGUGAGCUAACCAGUGAAGGGUGGGCACUGGGCACUAUGGUUUAGCAUGUUACCACAGCCGGUGGCCUUUCUGUCAGCGAAGCCAACAGAAAAUGUAAUAAAAGGCAAAACAUUUAUAUCAUAAAACAUUAAAAUUUUACCACCUCUACAUGGAUAGCAAUUUGAAAUGUGACGCUAAAGCUCACUGAGUCAAUGGAGCACCGCAGUAAAAGGAAGAGCCUCUUGUAUUUCAUGUCAGUUAGUGUUUUUUUCUUGAUAAUUACAGGUUAUUUGCAGGUUAAUGGGUGUCAGGCUAUAGAAAGCAAAAUUAACCAAAACUGGCAUCCCUACUUACAGCCCAUGAAGACAAGUCUCCAUGGACUCUGGUUGUUUUUAUAAAGUGGCCGGUCCUUCGUCUUCUUCCUCUGUACAGUGAUUCCUGGUGGACAUGGAGCCGUUACAGCCAUGUUGGCUCACAGGCUCCUUCUCUGAGAUUCUUGAAACCAUAUUGCCUCUUUUAUCUUGUGAGGAGCCUUUACAGCUGCAGAGGGGAUGUGAGUCUUUGUGGGGUCGUAGUUUACACACAUGAAAAAAAUCAAAUAUUGAAAAUGUUCUGUGAAAAUCACCCAUCAGUCCAUUUUUCAACCACCUGAGGCACUGUGUUUAUAAAAUAAGGUUCUUUCUAAAACACAAAAGUUUAAAAAAAGAUGGCAGCUGACCUGUGCGCUGAAGCCACUGCCACGCCCCCAUUUCUCUAUAUAAGGAUAUACGCUUGUCUAGAAGGUUACCGUGGAGGAAGUUAUCUCUACGCACAUCUAAAGGCCCUGACACACCAGUGUAGGGCCGUCAGUGAGCAUCUGUGAAUGUAAUGACAGUCAGAAACAGCUGAUCAGCCAUCAGUCACUCUGAAGGCACAGACUGAAAUAUCCUCCAAGUAAAUUAGAUAUACCAUCGUGACACCUGCUCAGAGAUACAUCAGAAUCUUAUACCCUGCAUGCCUGUUAAUAGGCAACUAAAUAAUUAGCUGUCUACAAAUGAACAUAUGCACAAUUUCUAUAAAAUAAAAACUGGGACACUCCAUUUUCAUAGGUUAAGUUUUUGAUUAUUAAUUGAUGAGGAUGAAAGGGUGUCAGUUUCAUGGUUAUUUAAGACAUUCGGACAAUGUGUUUGGAAAUUAACAGUUUUAAAUAUUGUCUGUUAAAGCCUUGUCAGUCAAUUACAGUUUUAAUAUGUUAUGCAUUUAGUUAAAAGGUGUGUGUUUACAUUCAACCUGUGGUGUCAUUUAUAAAACAGUGUGUAGGAUCCAUACUAAAAAUGUACGUAUGGACAAACGCCAAAAAAUAUUUAAUUUCUACAAUCAGGCUUCAACCUCACCGUCUGUGUCGCCAGUUUCCCAUCUUCAAAAUGUUCAUCAGUAAGGGUCAAAGCUUCUCCCAUCAGGUCUGUUUUUAUAGUUCACAAUUUUUGCGUGUGAUGCGGCGUACGCCUCCUUCAGGCCUCGUUUUGUGAAUAUGUAAUAUUUAUAAAUGAGACCCCAGGCCUUUAUCAUUUGUACGCGUGGUCUGAGGCAGGUCUAAAUUUGAUGAAUCCCAGAUUUCUACUAAAAACUUCAUGCGCACAUUUUGGGCACAGAUUUGUGCGUUCACACUGUUUGUGACUGAGGCCCAAGAUUCCCACGAAACUGUUUACAUGACCAAUGAAAAUAAAUAUUCCACUAAUAUUCCAGUUUAUUUUGCUUCUUUGCUUCAAAGUAGGAUUUUUUUCCAAGUUUCUUGUUGAACGGAUCGAACACAGCCUCCGUCUUUCAUUCCUUGAAUAUCUUCUUGAAAAGGUCGGUGUUGCGAUGUUUUGAUAUUUUUUUCUUACAUCACUGAACUUAACAGACCUAUAUUUGGGACAGGCCUUUAAUUCCUUUUACACAAAAUUAUUGCUCAGCAAAGAUGGGAAAUACACGUCACCCGAAGAUAACAGCACCCGGAAUACUGACAAUACACCGCUUUAUCCUGUUAAAACAACACUCAUAACUUGGAUUCAUUUUUAUGAAAAACACUUUGGAUUCCUUUGGUUGGUGGACCCUUACAGACUUAACAAAUAUGAAUAACUCACCAGGUAAUCAAGAAACAGACACAUAUUGUGACUUUGUGACAGCUACAGAGGAGCGAGGAGUCACUGAUUGUUUUGUCCGGUCAUCUGGUGCUCAUGGUUUUCAUAAAAUGAAAUCAACCAAGCUAACGAUGUGUAGCAUCUCAUUAUUGACAAAAGUUGAAACAUUUAUAUUUCUAUGUGCGAUCUAAGCAGGUUACUAACAUUAACUCAAGUGGGUCGUCAACAAUCUGGUUUUAUACAUCCAAAGAACUUCUAUAAAAAUGAACUGUUUGGCAGCCACACCAGGCCUCUCAUUCAGACAGGUCUUUAUUUGUCAAAAUGUGUAGCCACACCGGGCUAGUAAAAGGGUAAUGGGCAUUAAAUUGUUAAAAGUUUUACAGUAGUUUGUGUAAAGACGCAGUGAUUUAAAGCAGCUGUGACUGUAAAGCAAAACUCUUCACCCUUUGUAUUAUUCUUUCUUUUGAUUGUAACACUUUUUCCUUAGUUUCGAUUUUUCCUGUAACACUCCUGUGUAGCUGCAGUCGGUAAUCACAAUUGGUGGACGUACAUUAAUGAUGCAAACAUGCACGUGGUUACGCUGCAGCCCGGCCGCUGUUUUAAUUAAAAAAAAGUUGUCCCCAUCGGUCACUUGGACGCAAAUCAUGGGCAAACAGGGUCCAGAUCGAAUAGUUUUAAGUGUAUUUGACGUGUUGAUAGACAUGGUAGUGAAUGCUUUGUUUUCCUCCCUCGGCGUAAAAGGAUGAUGUUUUGUGGGCUUUCCCAAAAGUACCGACUGUAUUAUAGCGUAUGAGUCGUGCCUUAUCAUCCUGCCUUAAGGUUUACAAUCACAUGACAGAAAUAUCUCCAGUGACUUCAGAUAAGUGUUAAUAAAGGUACACACUUGUUCCGCUGUCACCACAGGGAACAAAACUUGUUGUAAGCAGAAGCAGCGCGACAACAUUCCUGGUGCUGUGUUUAUUUACAAUUCUGGGGAAAUUAGGUGUAAAAAUAGAAACUGAAGGGCUCUAAAACUUUUUGAGGCGAAGCAGGUGGAACAACCGCAGAUGAGAUUAACAACAAGCUGUUUGUGAUGCGUGUUGAAAGAACUGGCAUUUAAAUGUUACAGUGCUGUCCGGCCCUUACGAUGAGCUCCUUGUAUUGUACUUUUUUUUUUUUUUACAAUAAACAGCAUUUUUCACACAUGUAGAUUUGUAUAUAGACUGUUCAUUAAAACAAAUUAGACACAGUUGAUACUAAUUGUGUUAUUUGCUUUAUGUUUUAGUUAUUUUUACGAUGCGUUGUUUUGAUGUACAGUAGUUUUUCAUCACAGCACUACAGGGCUAAAUCGUUUCUCCUCAGCGUGGAGCAGUAGCCAUGGAAAACUGAUUUUUACUGCUGUUACCGAAGCAAUAACGAUUGACAGUGAUCUAUAAUUUUAAUAUGUGUCUUUUUUUUGUUUACUGCUCAUUUCAGUUGGUUUUGAUGUUUUGUUUUGUUUUUGUUUUUUUGUUUUUUUGUCUUACAACAACGAGCCGGACAAUUUGUAGGCAUCGUUUCAUCUCAUGUUUGUCAGACUAAUGUACAUUACAUUGUAUAUAAUACACGAACGGACCGUCAGGAAUUUGGGUUAUUGUUAAAGGAACACUUCUUAAAGAGAUUUGUUUCUGUUAUUUUAUUUUUACAGUAUGUUAUUUACUGGAGAAUGUGAACUUUCUGUGUUUAAAACUUGGUUGUAAUUUGUAAGAUGAACAUGAGGAUUUAAUAAAACAAAGUUGAAGUUAA